CGAUUAGUAUGCCUGCCUACGCAGAGCUACCCAUAAACCAGUUAGCUAGCAUAAUUUCUCCGAUAGCCACCACAAUACAAUCUCUCAAUGUACCGCUAAUUCAGACGGUUUGAUUGAGAUACUCCUAAAUGACAUGAAUGUAAUCUGCUCGGCGCUUCGGAUCGGUGGGUUGUCAAUCCAGGUCGCUUAAUAACGAUCCAUCUCGGCUAAGAGGCUAAGAAGCUAACAGCGUCUUCGAUGACAUUUCACUGACAAACACAACAGAACAGUCUGCAUGGCCGACGUGCUGCUGAGGUAGUGUCCGGCCCGUGUGCAAAGAAGGCCGGCCGGGCCGUGGAGCACUAGAGAGGAAAAAUGGCAGUGCAGAACAGAAACUCUGUGCUGAUCCUGUCGGGUCGAGAGCGAGGAGCUCGCAUGCUGGGCUCCCAGCAGCUCCUGCAGCAGCUGGUGGAAGACCGGACGCGCUGGAUGAAAUGGCAGAGCCAGAAAGUAGAGUUGCCGGAUAAUCCACGAUCAACCUUCCUGCUGGCCUUCAGUCCAGAUAGGAAUCUUGUGGCCUCAACCCACGUCAACCAUACCAUCUACAUCACCGAUGUGAAAACAGGAAAAUGCCUGCACUCUUUAGUGGGCCAUCGACGCACACCUUGGUGUGUGACCUUUCACCCCACCAUCCCUGGCCUGGUUGCCUCUGGGUGCCUUGAUGGAGAAGUCCGCAUUUGGGACCUGCAUGGUGGUAGCGAAAGCUGGUUCACCGAGAGUAAUGUUGCCAUCGCUUCUCUAGCGUUCCACCCCACAGCUCAGCUCCUGCUCAUCGCCACCAAUAACGAACUUCACUUCUGGGACUGGAGCCGACCAGAACCUUUUGCUGUGGUCAAGACCGCCAGCGAGACCGAACGUGUCCGGUUGGUGAGAUUUGAUCCUCUAGGUCAUAAUCUUUUAACAGCUAUUGUGAACCCAUCCAACCAGCAGAAUGACGAUGACUCCGAGGUCCCCAUGGACAGCAUGGAGAUGGCUUUGUUCCGCCAACGUUCUCUUUUACGCUCCCCACCUGUACGUCGGACACCAAUCCUACACAAUUUUCUGCACAUCUUGUCCUCUCGCUCUUCUGGAGCACAGGCUGGUGAUCAGUCCCGCCCCGCCCCAGAGCCCAGAGAGCCUCCCAGCAUACCUCGGUUCCAGUACCCGGUACGGACAGAACCGGGUGACCGCCCUGCCUUACAGGGCUGCACGCAGCAUUUGGGUCUGGGCUGUCUGUGCAGUCGCUGCGCUGCCUCGCGGAACUUAUUCGCACAGAAUCCGACAGGCCUCCAGCCUUCGGAUUCACCUCAACCGCAAACUCAGUCGGGCCCCUCUGCCUUCUCGCCCGCCCCUAGCCAGACCCGCACCUCCACGGACCGACCGUCUGCUUUUAGCAGCGUGUUCAGCGGGGCUGCGGGGAACUCUGCGCAUCGGGGACUCUUGCCUCUUAGGACUAUUGAUCCCUUGGGGUCACAAACACCUGGUCCUCUUGAGGCCCCUGGGCGUCUCCCUGGGGCUGAUUGGUCUGGUAGUCUGCUGAGCACGGGACAUGAACAUGGGUUAGGUGCGAUUGGGGUGGAAAGCAGCGCCGAAAGGAGCGUUGUGCCCCCUCCUAGGACAAGCUCCUCUUCUAUGGAUCUCCUCUCCCUGCACAGGUUCCCCGAUGGUUCCUCUUCAUCACCCAUAUACACGUCUGCUACAGAAGGGCGAGGCCUAGUGCUGCCCGGCACGGAGCCCAACCGUGGACGAGCCAACGAUGGCACCAGUAGUGGCCAUCACCCCUUCUAUGACAACACCCAGCGCAACAACCCGGCCUCCAUACGCAACGUCCUGCAGUGCAACCUGAGCCGUUACUUUAUGGAAUACGAGCGAAUGCAGGAGUUGGAGCGACCCGGUGGCAGCCGAGAGGUGCCGGGUGGACCGGGACCCAUGCAAGAGCUCCUCAACAGUGGUAUGGACACAGAACGUCUUGGGCUUUCGCACAAUGGCUCUUCCCGCACAGGAAACGGAGGCACGGUCGCCGGCCCCUCUCAAAACCACCCUAAUCGUUGCCGUUCGUGCCACAACCUCCUCACCUUCAACCACGACACUCAACGCUGGGAACGUUCCGGUCAGACCUCUUCUUCCUCUUCUUCACAAGACGGACCAUCAUGGCCGCUUUCAGUGCCUCCGUUUGAGGACCCAGGUCAGGGUGCACGAGUGGAGCCCCAGGCCCCUGAGAUGAGGCCCAUGGAGUUGGGUGAGGCCUCCUCUGGUCUACAGGGCCAGCAGCCUAUGGGUCUGGUGUACAAUCAGGAGACGGGGCAGUGGGAAAGCGUGUACCGGCAACCAACGGCAAGCACUGCUUCUGAGGCAACACAAGACGCCUUAAACCCAGAGGUGCCUGUUGAUAAUCCGGACGAGGACUCACUCAGGAGGAGGUUGUUGGAAUCGUCGCUGUUUCCAUUCUCUCGAUAUGAUAUGUCUGGCUCCAGAGAUCAUCCCAUAUACCCAGAUCCUGCCAGGCUGUCUCCAGCUGCUUACUAUGCUCAGAGAAUGAUCCAGUAUCUGUCUCGAAGAGAAAGCAUACGGCAGCGUUCCCUACAGAAUCGCCUACGGACGCUCUCAAACUCUCAAGCCGACAGCCAGUCAAACAUCCCCUCCUCCAUGCCACCAGAGGCCAGUGAUGGAGACUAUGAGGACAUCGAGGAGCCUGGAGACAGGACAAGACACAGAAUGCCCCGCAACGCUCGAAUGUCAGCCCCCUCUCUUGGGCGCUUUGUCCCACGGAGGUUCCUGUUACCAGAGUACUUGCCUUACGCUGGACUCUUCCAUGAAAGGGGUCAGUCAGGCCUGGCCACUCACUCUUCCAUUAACAGAGUAUUAGCAGGCGCAUCUAUAGGUGAUGGGCAAUCAGCUGUGGCCAGUAACAUUGCCAAUACCACCUAUAGGCUGCAGUGGUGGGAUUUCACCAAGUUUGACCUUCCAGAGAUCAGUAAUGCCACUGUGAAUGUGCUCGUUCCUCACUGUAAGAUCUACAACGAUGCCAGCUGUGAUAUUUCAGCAGACGGGCAGCUGCUGGCCGUGUUCAUUCCCAGCAGCCAGCGGGGUUUUGCGGAUGAGGGCAUCCUAGCCGUGUACUCCCUCGCUCCCCAUAACCUGGGAGAAAUGCUGUACACCAAGAGAUUUGGUCCAAACGCGAUCUCGGUGAGUCUUUCACCCUUGGGCUGCUAUGUGAUGGUGGGACUGGCCUCCAGACGGAUCCUGCUCCAUCCCACCACCGACCACAUGGUGGCGCAAGUGUUUCGUCUACAGCAGCCACACGGAGGAGAGACCUCCAUUAGAAUGAUGUUUAAUGUCGUGUACCCCAUGGCUCCAGACCAGAGGAGACACGUCAGUAUUAACUCGGCCCGGUGGCUUCCAGAGCCAGGCAUGGGAUUGGCCUACGGAACCAAUAAAGGUGACCUGGUCAUCUGCAGGCCAGUUGAUUUCCGCAGUGAUGGAGACAGUCCGUCGGAUCUGAACUCGGAUUCUUUGUUUACCGUCAGCAGCAGCAGCCGAACCCGCGGAGUGGAGCGCCCAGGCACCAGCAGGUCCGGCUGGCGAUUUGACCGAGACAUGGGCCUUAUGAACGCUAUUGGCCUGCAGCCGCGUCAGGCCGCCCCUUCUGUGACCUCACAGGGGACGCAGACACCAGUAGUGCGACUGCAGAAUGCCGUAUUGACUCGUGAUUUCCGCAGUGAUGGAGACAGUCCGUCGGAUCUGAACUCGGAUUCUUUGUUUACCGUCAGCAGCAGCAGCCGAACCCGCGGAGUGGAGCGCCCAGGCACCAGCAGGUCCGGCUGGCGAUUUGACCGAGACAUGGGCCUUAUGAACGCUAUUGGCCUGCAGCCGCGUCAGGCCGCCCCUUCUGUGACCUCACAGGGGACGCAGACACCAGUGACAGCCAGCACCAGCACUGAGAGACAUGCACACUCAGAGACGACACACACACUGUCGCACACACCGGUUCAUGCAUCGGUUUCAGAGGGAUCGCUGAACCGGACCAACUUGCCUGCCACAUAUCACGACUCAGCAGCCGAGCCCGGCUCGGGAGAGGACGCGCUGUCUCGGAUUCGCCGCCUAAUCGCAGAAGGAGGAAUGACGGCCGUGGUCCAGCGGGAACGCAGCACUACUAUGGCCUCUAUGGGUGGCUUUGGAAACAACAUCGUGGUCAGUCAUCGGAUUCACCGUGGCUCUCAGACCUCGGUCAGGACGACUCGGGUGGGAAAUCCAACCUCGGAGAUGCCUGCUGGACUCGGUAUUUCCACUCUUUUUCACACUGAACCCUUGGUAGACUCAGUAGAAGCUCCUGGGCCUUCAGGGUCGAGCAGUGUCCCACUUCCAUCACCGUAUACAACUCGUUCUGAAGUUGCGAGGGCAUCUCCUAUUGUUGAGAUGGACUUGUUUGGCGAUCAUCAAGUUGAUGAUGUGCAGCACCACCCAUCCGCAAGCGGUUUGAAUAUGUCCAACCAUAGCAACAACAAUAACAAUGACCAUAGCAACAGCUACAGUGAAAGCCGGAGCCGAGAUUACCCUGAUGACCUAUACGGCAGAUAGUUUUAAGUCUGGUUUUCACAGAGACGAACAUCUCAAAACUGGUCUGCAUGGUGCUGGAGCAUUUCAUGGUGGAACCUUUGUUACACAUAGAACAUAGCAUUUAGGGCGGAGCCACUGAACUUCCUGCCUCAGUUCUGAGUCCUCCCACUCUGGCCUUAUUUAGGAUUGAAAGAGUGCCAAGUUUUUCAUGGCAUCUCCCUAACCGGGAGACGUCAGCCUCACCUUUUCUGUCAAAAAAACUGAUUCUCGCUUUGGGGAAGCAUCAUUGUUGCACUUGCGCUUUGCACUUAAGUUAUAAUUUUUCUUCCUUUCAAGGUUGAGUCUCAGACAUUUUAUCAUUCCAUGCGAGAAAGGGCAACAUACUUGAAUCCUUCCCCUACUGCAGUACGGAAUUACAUGGUUGUAGUUAACCACCCUUUCAAGCUCCAGGAAAAAUGAUCAGCCAAUCGAAGUGCCAGAUGAGGCUGUGAUUCCUAUGUCUGCAUGACAUUAUGGUUUGAGGAACUGUAAAACAGUACAGACUCUUCACAGCUAAACACUAACUCUCACAACAUCCUCUAACGGUUUUUGCGUUCAAAUUCAGAGAUUAUGCUUGACGUGAUUGUUUUUUGUGUGCGAUAAAGGGACUUUCAGUGGUCAAGUCAUUCGGUAGAUUGAUCAGUAUCUAGAACAACGUCUGCCUUGAAGUUCUCAGACUGGAAUGUCCCACUAAACUUCCAGAUGGCGAAUUUUAUGAUGGUUUUUACUUUGAAUUUAUGUCGUUUGAAAAAUACACUUCUGAAAGCAUGUCGUCUGUAAUUGUCUGUCGGAUAAAAAAAAGCAGUUCAGGAACCCUCAAGCUGGUUUAGAUCUCUCAUAUCUGCAUGUGUGUCCAAUUCCAGAGCUUUUAUACGAGGAGGCGGGCUGAAUGCAGAAGGUGGGGCUUAAGCAAAUUAGCAUGUAGGCUGUAGAACGCACAUGCGCAUCAAGUGACAUUUUGGUGCGCUGAGCAGGUUUUAUUGGGCUUUUAUACAUUUGUGACCUUUAACUUGAGUGCAUGAGUCAAUUCAUGUUUAUUGUUGCAAUUUAACACGAUGCAUUUACUAAUCCUACUGAUGCGAUUUCCCAGAAAUACCUUAAUACUCAGAAAUGACAUGUAAGACCAUUAAAAUUAUUGUGCCAGAUCAUUUUCAUGCUUCAAAUGCAACACUUUUUGUGCAAUUUAGCCAGUUCGCCAUUAAUUCACCUCAAAUCAUCUGAUUGGCCGACUGUUCCAUUCUACCAAUCACAAGCCUCUUAUGAUGCGCAAGCGACAAAUGGCAAGUGAUUGCACUUAAGCACCCUUUUGUCCUUCCGAACUGCCCCGAGAACAGCGUUACAGACAAUAAACCAGACAUAUCUCUAUCAUAGAUCUGGAUUAUGACUGAUAAUCACACUUGAAUAUCCCAUAAUAGAGUAUUUCUUGGGCACUGGACACUUAGGAGAAAGACGCCCAUAUAUGCGCGCACAAUGCUGAGAGUCACUGAUGACGGGCACUGUCUGAAUGUGUGGAUGUGUAUGUCUGUGAGUGUCUGCCACUAAACCUAGAGUGUUUUAUUAUAAAUAAAUGUAGCAUUGUAAAUGUAGAGAUGAUAAAUCGUGGGGAAAAAAACUUAAAUCCAUAUUUCAGGGUGGGGUUUGGUUUUUUUUAUGACAUACUUGCCUUGUGUGCUCUAUUGUGCUUGAUUAGAGUCUCGUGUACGAUUGGUCAACUCUAGUGAUUUGAGUUGUCAGUGCAUUUGCAUAUGCACAGGCCUUUCGUUAACAAGCAUUUAUAUAGUUAUCUCCCUCUGCUUUUAUUUGUGUAAAAGAUUUUGUUAUUCUAGCUGCUUGGCUUGAAUUAGUAGCUUUUUGUAAAAAAGGAAAAAAAAACAAAAAAAACAGUCCCCAGUAGGAAUGGUUUGUGUUUUGAAUGUUUUUGGAUGUAAGAUUCUGAUGGAUUGUGGUCUCAUCGCAAACAAUGGCAGCUGAGGAACCUCUCAGAAACCACAUACCCUUUGACGUUUUUCCAUGAGUUCAGUGCCUUGGGGAAUCUUCUCCUUACUGAACCACAGAAGCCGUUCUGAGGUGCGACAAAACCAGAAUAGCUUCUUCAUAAGCCUUUUGACCGUUGAGUGUUUUAGUUAUUGGUAGAAAUAUUGGUAAAUCUGAAGUCUGGUUGUGUUGGCUGUCAUUUCAAUUAUUUAUUUUACCCUUUGUGUGAAUGACAAAUGCAAUCCUGAUUUUAAAAAAAAGCUUCUAUGAUAAGAGCGAAGGACCUUUUUACGUUAUUCUCCAUCAAUGACACAUCUUUUCCUGAUUUUACUCAUUUCUGGCCAUAUGCACGCCUUAUUUUUAUGAAGUCAUUUCAUGCAGGGUUUGUUUUAGAUUUUUAGGCCUCCUGACAAUUCAUUUGUUCAGACGAGAUUAGCUGACGGUGACAGAAAGUGUGACAUUUUAAAGCUGUAAUUGUGUUCUUGUUGGAUGUGUGGUUAUGUAUAUGCUCUCACUGCUGGAUCAGUACCGUAGCGGUAAGUCAUGAUGGUGGAAAAGACCAGAAUUCAACUUUCUCUCCUGACCAAACAAGAGAGAUGUGUUGUUAUGACUUACCAUAAAUGUGUAGUUGGGUCUUUAUUUAGUGAAAAUGAGGAUUAGGUGUUGUAAAAGAAUUUUGUGGGACACCAAAGAUCCUGUGGUAAUGACGAUUAUGAGAGUUUUAAUAAAAUGGGAAUAUGGAAAUUAA